AUGAGCACCAUGUUCUAUAAUACAAUAAAUGAGCUCCGUCUGGAGGAUAAGCUGUGCGAUGCUGUGAUCAGAGUCGAAGGCGUUGACUUUAAAAUCCACAAGGUGAUCCUCUGCAGCUGCAGCUCUUUCUUCAGAGAUCUCCUCCACGAUGAAACCUCAACAUCGGAGCAGCAGGUCUAUCAUUUGUCCAAGGUGUCAUCCAACACAGUGAGCCUCAUUAUAAACUACGCCUACAGCGGUUCUAUUGAGGUGACGGAGGAGAACGUGUUAGAGCUGUUGGCGGGAGCGGACGUCUACGACAUCAAAGGCAUUGUGCAGACCUGCUGCGACUUCUUGGAGCAGCAUCUUAAUUAUAAGAAUUGCGUCCACAUCUGGAUGUUGGCGGACUUCCACAAAUGUCCUCUGCUCAGUCAAAAGGCCUACCUCUACAUCCUGCGUCACUUCGAGGAGGUCGCAGAAUACUCAGUGAAGUUACUGCAGCUCUCUGUGGAGCAGAUGGCAGAUUUGAUCGAGAAGGAUGAGCUCAAUGUGAGAGAGGAGAGCGUUGUGUUUGAGGCCAUCCUCCGCUGG